ACAGCGGACGCUAGGGGAUCAAGACGCACGCCACCCUGCCUUCUAUAUGGGCUCUUUGACAAUCCUUACGGUGUUUUGCCAGUAAGGGGGUUUCGGAGGGAGGACUUUUUUUUUUAAUUCCACUCUUUGAUGUGACUGUUUGCAUCAGCGAUUAUUGAGUCGGUUGUUUUGGCUGCUGUUACCCCCCUUUCCCUUGUGCGCAUUCCCCCCUCCUUCCUUUGCUUGGACCGGCCAUCUCUUCCACCGCGCGUCCCCCCAAUGUCCUAUCCUCAGGGUUACCUCUAUCAGCCGCCGGGCUCGCUGGCUCUGUAUUCGUGUCCGGCUUACGGGGCCUCGGCUCUGGCCGCCCCGCGGAAUGAAGACCUGGCGAGGUCGUCCUCCGGCUCCGCCUUCAGUCCGUAUCCUGGAUCGGCUGCUUUCUCCGCCUCGGCCGGGGCGAGCUUCUCCAGCGCGCUGUCGUACUCCACGGACCCGGCCACAGGAUUCCCAUCGUACAUGAGCUCCCCAUAUGACGCGCACACGGCGGGCAUGGCCGGGGCCUUGAGUUAUCACCCAUACGGGAGUCCCGGGUAUCCGUACCAGCUUAACGACCCCGCUUACCGCAAGAACGCCACCAGGGACGCCACGGCCACCCUGAAGGCCUGGCUGCAGGAGCACAGGAAGAACCCUUACCCGACCAAAGGGGAGAAGAUCAUGCUGGCCAUCAUCACCAAGAUGACCCUGACUCAGGUCUCCACCUGGUUCGCCAACGCCAGGAGGAGGCUGAAGAAGGAGAACAAGAUGACGUGGGCGCCCAGGAAUAAGAGCGAGGACGAGGAUGAGGAGGACGGGGAUGGGGAGAGGAAGGACGUGGAGCGGUCGGAGAAGAACCUGGACCACAGCGAGGCUUCGGCGGAGGAUGAAGGUAUCAGUUUGCACGUGGACACUCUCACGGACCACUCGUGCUCUGCGGAGUCGGACGUGGAAAAGGCGCUCCACUGUCGGGGUUCGGACAAAUGUGACGAGGACGUGCAGGAGGAGGACGUGCACGAGCACCGCGCCCCCGGCUUCCGGCUCUCCCCCAAGCCCGUCACGUCGUCGCCUCUGAUGGGGGUCGAGGCGCCAGUGUUCGCGCAGCACCACCCCCACCACCACCACCACCUCCAUCACCUGCAGCAGCUCCAACGCGAGGAUUUAGCCCGGAGCCUCGGCAUGAGCGGCGCUAUUAUUAAUAACACCAACAAGUCUUGCCUUGAUAGCAGACCGUCCACAGGGGGGUCUCAGAACCCCAAACCCAAACUGUGGUCCCUGGCGGAGAUUGCUACCUCAGACCCAAAGCAGCCACCGGGCCAGCCCAGCGUGGGGCUCCUCACCCCCCCGACGUCCUCCGCAGCCUCCCCGUCUGCCACUUCGCCCUCCCUCUACCCGACCCCCUCCCUCAUCGGACGGCCUAUUUACUACACGUCGCCCUUUUAUAGCAAUUACACAAACUAUAGCAACUUCAGCCCCCUGCAGGGCCAAAGCAUACUGCGCUACUCCAACUCCUCAGGGGUGAGUCUGGCUGCAGCAGCCGCCGCCGCCGCAGCGGCCGCUGCCGCCGCCGCGGCCAGCGAGGGGCUCCCCCCUCACCAUGCAACGGAGUCCGGCGCGCUGCAGCCCAAACACCGGCCCGACUCCCCUUUGGUUAAAACGACCGCGAACCAGACUGGCGCUGCUGGUGAACAUCAACAUUUUAGACCUGUACAUUUGGAAGCAAAAAAAGGCACGUAGAAGAAAGUUCAUUUUGGGGGGAUUCUGUAGAAAUGUGCAAGCGUGCAUCUUUUUCCCCCCACUGGCAACAGGUGAGAAACUUAAUUGUGCAUCACUCACUUUAGGUUAAUUGUAAUUAUGCAGGGUCAGCCAACACAUGCAUUUACACCUGCUGUAUCAGUGGAUUGACAUUAUUUGGGGAUUUUAAUUGUCUUUUUUUUUAUUUCCAUCAUCUGCAGGUAGGUGUCACACUUGGUUAGAAUAUAAAAGCAACAUUUUUUAGUGUUUUAACCCCAUCACCUGGCAACCUCAAGGGGAUCCAUUGCCACCAGCUGGGAUGAAAGCUGCUCCCCCUGCCCCUACUCAGUAGGCACAUGACUAAAAUAUUAUUAUUGCUAUAUGACACUUUUUCAAGUAUGCAUAAUAUGGUUUCUUCUCCCCAUGUAUGUGAUUUGCACGUUAUUUCUCAGGUUCAUUUAUUUUUUUAUUUUUUUUGCCACAACAGGGGUCUUAGACUACAGAAGUGGCCCAUAGGCCAUUUGCAGCCCGCAAGCUCAUAGUUUGUGUUCCUCUAUGUAACUUUAGAUAGAUAUAUAGAUAGUACUUUUUUGAAUCCUUCAGGAGAGUUCCCUCAGGAAAAUUAAAAUUCCAGCAGCAGUGUACAGAAUUGAGAUCGAAUUAAUGGGGGUAUAAAUGGAAAUAAAAUAAAAAAUAUUACAAUAAGAAUAACAAUAAAAAGCAACAAUGAGAAUAACAAAUAUCACAGGAAAAAUAAGAAUAUAACAAGAGAAACUAGGCAGUAGUGACCAUGUUAUGAAAAUGUAUUGCACUGUUAUUGCACUGUUUUUUGUUGCAGUUUAUUUCAGUAUUGUUAUUGUUUUGCAUCCCCUGUCUUCCCCCCAUAGAGGAGUUGCACAGGACAAAUUCGUUUUUUAGUCUAUUAGUCCUAUAAGUCUUGCCCUUUAGUGCAGGGAUAUUCAACUGGCGGCACGAGGCCGACCCAUGACUUUAGUGAAAAACCUUGGAAAAAAACUAACAUGUUUGCAGCAGAUUCCUUGAAACACUAGAAUGCUGUCAUCUAGAGCAGGGGGAGAGAACACAUGGCUCUCGAGCCAGAUGUGGCUCUUCUGAUGACUGCAUCUGGCUCUCUCUUAAAUCUUAGCUGACAUUGCUUAAACACGAUAAGUAAUGAAUAAUUCCGCUGGUAAUCCUAGUGUCAAAAUAUAUAACAUUCUCAUGCAUUUUAAUCCAUCCAUCCGUUUUUUUACCACACCUGUUGAAAAAGUCGCAUUAAUGGUGAGAAGUAUUUUAUUUAUUAUUGGUUAGCUUCAGAUUAACAAUGUUAUUAAAAAUAAUUAGAGACUUAAAAAAUGUUGGUCUUACUUAAAAAUGCACGCAUUUAGUUGUAUUCAGUGUUAAAAAAUAUUAUAAGGCUCUCACGGAAAUAUGUUUUUAAAUAUUUGGCUUUCAUGGCUCUCUCAGCCAAAAAGGUUCCCGACCCCUGAUCUAGAGGAUUGUUGACUAGUUUUUUUUGCAGUAAGUACUUAAACACAGCAGACCACUCUUGUUGCAUGGAUAGGGCAAAUUUCCCCUAAAAGUGUAGUAACUAACAAAAUAAAUACACAACAAUCUAAUGUCCUAGGUUGAUUGGCAACACUAAAUUGGCCCUAGUGUGUGAAUGUGAGUGUGAAUGUUGUCUGUCUAUCUGUGUUGGCCCUGUGAUGAGGUGGCGACUUGUCCAGGGUGUAGCCCGCCUUCCGCCCGAUUGUAGCUGAGAUAGGCUCCAGCGCCCCCCGCAACCCUGAAGGGAAUAAGCGGUAGAAAAUGGAUGGGUGGAUGGAAAUCUAAUGUCCACUGCAGAGAAUGCUGGCUCUCAGGAAUAUAUGCAGUAAGAAUAACAGUAAAGGGAAAAGUCCGGCACCCAGUCCUUAGCUUUCUGGAAAUGUGACCCCCUAAACUAAUUUAGUUGAAUAGCACUGUUUAGUAUAUCAUGCAAUCUUAUGUCCCACUAGAAAGAACACUAACUACAAUAACGCUGCAAACACAAACAUUGCAGCACAACCAACACACAAUGGGCAGCACAAAAAGCAACUACCUGUAAACAAGCAGAAGUGUUUCUGACUCUGACUCAGUGUCAAAAUAUACAAUUUCUACAUUUGAUUUUACUUGAGGCAUACCAUAGCACUGAGUCACUAUAUCUGCUGGUAGAAGUAGUUAACACAAUAAAACACAAUAACACUUCGGUCGGCACAGCUAUACCCAGAUUCUACUUCAAGCGGCCCUCAGUUAAAAUGAGUUUGAGACCCCUGAUAUACAGUAUACAUCUGUGUGUAGAAACAUAUGUUUGUGUUUUGUUUUUUGGCGACGGGUACAUUAUUGCAGCGAAUGAGCCAGAGGAGAACCUGUGAGGACUUCAAAGUGGAAUAGCCUACAUUUGAUAUUUAUUUUUUUAAAUGAUGGCGAAACUUUGCCUAUGAUUAAUGCAAGUUGUAUUGCACAAAAAGCAGAAGUAGAAACAAAAAACCUGACAUCUGAUGUCUUUUUUGUAAAUGUAUAAAUAUAUAAAUUAAUGGUUUUUAUUUGAAUUUGGGGGAAAGCGACACAAUCUUGCAAUGAAGAUUACACCUGCUAAUUUAUAUCUUUGAAUGUACAUAGAACAUGAAAACAAGCGCUUGUAUGGAUAUGCUGUACAUGCAGGCUUGAUAUAUCAACGGAGAAAAUAUUAAACUGUUUUCCCAACAGUUGCAUCUUGAAGAGUCCUUAUUUACCACAAGAAAAUGUAUUAUUAUAAUGUUAUUAAUCCAUCUGUGUAAUGGCCACACAUUCCUAACCGAGAUUGGUAUAAACGACAUGCGUAUUCUUAUUACCAUUUUCCAACUGUCUUCUUGCACAUUUAUU